CUAGGUGGGUGCUACGUGUCUAAGUAACAUCCACACACAUGAAUACCAGGUCCAAAAGUUGCCCAGCAGUCGAUGUUAUUUACUCCUCCUGUCAGUGGUUUUAAUAUUGUGGCUGAUUGGUGUGUGAUUUAAUGUUUUAGAAAAGGGGAUGAAUCAUGAAUAAAAACAUAAAAUGAACAAUGAAUUCCACCGAGGAAUGCACUCUCCUAUUUUUGGUAUUUUCAGCAAACCAAAGAGGAAUGUGACAAAUUCCUGUGAACAAGACAACAGCAGCAGUGUUCAAGUAGAGCUAAUAAUAACAAUAAUGAAACAAAAGUACAAGUCCUAACCAGUUAUCUAUCCGCCUUUUAAAAUAAAAACCCCUCAGAGCUUCUUCUUUAAAGUCACGCCUCCUGGAUAUGGAUCUUUACGCAUCUGUCCCCGGGUCCCGCUCCUCGUCCUUUCCUCCAUGCCGCCUGUCAUUCACAAGAUUCAGCGGAGUUUCUCGGCGCAACAGCGAGAGGAGGGGCUCUCCUCCUCCGUCUUGCACCUCACGCUGUGAAGUAUUCGGCUGCGGUCUCCCCACACCAUCCAGUCUACCAAUAAACAGCCUCCGACAGCGCGAUUGGCAGCGGCAUCAGGAGUAACAGCCUGUCAGCCACAAUUCUUUCCGGAGGCGAGAGGUGACGGCGCCGCGUUUCUCGGUGCCGCUCCAGCUGCGGGAUCCGUUUCCCGGAAUGGACACUUCGCAACCCCGGUGUGGUUUCAGGCGCACCGGGUGUCCGGGAGAGCAGCGUCCGUCCCAGCCCCCGGCCAGCGCACCGCGCACGGAUUUUCACAAAGCGAUUUCUGCCACGCAUCCGCUUUGGGGAAUUACGAGGCAUGCAGUUUAGGAGAACAGCGGGUCAGGAAUGCCUCUCCACUGCUGGCUGCUGACGUCCUGCCAGCUCUCUUAAAAAAUCCGCCAGGAUCCGAGGUCGACAUGGAUAGCGGGAGCCGGGCAGCGACGGACGGUGCAGUCAAUUUCACGGCAGCCCACAUCUGGCUGGAUCUCCUGAACGCGUCGACCCGGUCGUGGGACAGCAGCCCACCUGCCGAAGGGACCGAUCUGGUCGAGCAGCAGCGGCUCGUCCGGGAGCAAGCCUACCGGGACUUCACCACCGCCAUCCAGGUUUUCAUCCUCAUAGGUUCGCUGCUCGGUAACGCCACGGUGCUGUGGUGCACGUGCUGCACGAAUGUCUUUAAAUCCGUGACCAAUCGCUUCAUCAAGAACCUGGCAUGCUCGGGCAUCUGCGCGGGCCUGGUGUGCGUCCCGUUCGACGUGGCCCUCGGGGGCAGCCCUCGCUGCUGCUGGUGGCUUCACACGCUGCUGCUCUGCAAGGCCCUCAAGUUCCUCCACAAGCUCUUCUGCUCCGUCACCGUGCUCAGCUUCACCGCCAUCGCACUCGACAGGUAUUACUCAGUGCUUUACCCUCUAGAGAGGAAAAUCUCCGACGCAAGAUCUCGAGAUCUGAUCAUCUACAUCUGGGUCCACGCGACCGUGGCCAGUCUCCCCGUGUUUGCCGUCACCAACGUCACGGACGUGUACGUCACCUCCUCCUGCUCGGACGACCACGCCCGCUCCCUGGGCCACGUGGUGUACGUCCUCAUCUACAAUGUCACCACGGUCAUCCUGCCUCUGGCCCUCGUCUUCCUCUUCAUGCUGCUGAUCCGGAGGGCGCUCAGUGCCAGCCAGAAGAAGAAGGUGAUCAUCGCGGCGCUGCGGACUCCCCAGAACAGCAUCUCCAUCCCGUACGUGUCCCAGAGGGAAGCCGAGCUGCACGCCACCCUCCUCGCCGUGGUGCUGGCUUUCUCUGCGUGCAGCGCCCCCUACGGCGCCUUGGUGGUCUAUCGCACCGUUUUGGUGGACGCUGUAGAGCUGCCUGCGUCGCUGUACCUGACAGCCCUCUGGUUGCCCAAGGUGUCCCUGCUCACCAGCCCGGUCUUGUUUCUGACUGUUAACCGCUCGGCGCGCCACAGCUGGCUGGACCUGCUGGCUAGGAUUCACAGACGUUACAGCCGCCGCAAUGUGGUCACCACCGGGGGUCUGGCCUCUUUAGGGGGCGAAGGGGUGAUCGGGGAGCCCGUGGGACUGGAGACGGCCGGUCGCUCUGGGAGCCAGCUUCUAGAGAUGUUUAACAUCGGCCAACAGCAGAUCUUCAGACCCUCUGAGGAGGAAGAAGAGGAGGAAGAUGUGGAGAACGAGAUCCCCUCUAGCGGGUUGGGAAGCUGCUCUGGGCCUAAAGACGACCCAAAGGGUGGGUCGAGACUGGGGAGCUUCAGAGGUGAAGUGAUCACCAAAAGGGAGUCUCUGGAGGGGACAGGAGGAGGGCUGGUCAUCACCAAGGAGGCCCCUCCGUCCGUCACAGCGCCGCGGGCCUCUCCGGUCCACGCCUGCGCGUACGCCUCCUCGUCGCAGGUGGCGCCGGCCACGCCCACGGAGGCGGACGACUCCACGCAGUUCGGCUUCGGGCCGUUCGAGCUGCCCCCUCAGUGGUUGCCCGAGACCAGGAACAGCAAGAAGAGGCUGCUGCCCCCGCUGGGCAACACGCCCGAGGAGCUCAUCCAGACCAAACUGCCCAGGCCGCGGCCGGAACGCCGCAUCAGCAGGAACAACAAGGUCAGCACGAUCCCCACCGUGGACCCGUGAACCCGGUCUCACGGCCCAGCACCGGACAUCCAGAGAGUAGACCCCUUGGAAAAUCAUUGAUGAAUGCAAGAUUAAUUUUUAUUAAAAACUCUCCUCAGUUACUUCUGCCAUCGUGUAAGUUCAGGUUUUACCUGAGAGGCAGCGCAGCCUCUGCACUGGAUGAAAUCAAUCUGCUAUCAAAUAUUCAUGAUGUUGUGAGAAAUGUGUCGGCUCUUACUUCACUUUGACGCAGUCAUAAUUCAGAACUUAUAGAGUGACUACAUGAUUCAGGAGGCAGGUAGAUUUUUGAAUCCCUCUUUGUAUUACCAGACCAAUCAUCACGAGAGAUGCACUGAAUAUUUUUCCAAAGCAAUUAAUCGUGCGAGGAUAACGGACCUCCUAAUGAAACCUUUUUGUCCUGUGAUUGCAGUCUGUACGUGAACAUAUCUCAGUGUCCAGUCCUUUCACCUAAACCCUAUUUUUGGGAGCGUUUUUUGUAACAAAUUUUACUGGGAUUUUAUUGGGAUUACUAUUUGCAGCCCCCCUCUUUUUUUUUUUUUUUAAUUCUACCGUGAAAAAAUAAUCUUUUUCCCCUCUAAUCUUGUUGUAGAUGUUUGUACUCUAAAUGUAAGUCAUGAUAAUAUGCAGAUGUAUGCAAAUACACGUUUAAGAUGUGA